GUUCGACUUGGGAGAAUGAGGAAGCGAUAUUGGGGCCCCACGGCUUGGCCAAAAGCGGUGUGAAAGCACUGAGAGAUGCUUCGAGGUCAAUGGACGAUCGUUCCGGAAUCCCUGGUGAUGAUGACGACCAGGACGACGAACAAGAGGAUGACCAAGAGGGUGACCAAGAAGACGAUCAAGAGGAAGAUCAAGGGGACGACCUAGAGGACGUCGACCAGGACGACGACCAGGAAGACAACGACCAAGAGGAUGACCAAGAGGACGAUGAUCAAGAGGAAGUUCUGGAUCAUGACGGCCUAGAUGAUGACAACAACUUGCCUACCCGUGUCCAUCCGCCUGCUUCUUUGGAACAACGCCACGAGAUGGUACAUCACUACGGCGAUGACCAGGAAGAUGAUGACCAAGAGAAUGGCGACCAGGAAGAUGACUACGAGGAUGAUAGCAGCGACGAGGACGAGGAUAGCGAUGACGAGGAGAGCGAUGACGAGGAGGACGAUGAUGAUGAGGACGAGGAGGACGACGACGAAGAGGAUGCUGACGAAAAAGAGGAUGAUGAUGAUGAUGAUGAUGAUGAUGAAGAGGACGAUGAUGGCUAUGAGGUGGACGGAGACGAGGAGGACGACCAACAGGAGGCUGGCUCCCCGUUGAGUGACGAUGAGGGAUCUCCUCGUUUCGAUUCCCCUGCCUCUCCGGAAGAAGGCUCCAAGGUGGCUCAACCAGGACAAUGAAUGAAACGAGCAGUUCCCGGGGCAGGAAUCAC